UUUCGUCUCGCCAUGUCAAAACCCUAGCCUUCUAAAACCCCGGUUAAGGCGAUCGAUCGCCUUUUCACUGUUCCCGGAAAGGCAUGGGAAGAGAAGACGAUGAUAUCAGAGCAGCGAAGCUCGGAUACAAAGAAGCGGCUCGGGAUGGGAACCACGAGGAAGAGGCGCGGUGGGCAAACUUGAUUGGAGACAUCCUCAAGAGGAGGGGAGAGUACGUCGAGGCUCUGAGGUGGCUUCGAAUCGAUUACGAGGUAUCCGCAAAGUAUCUUCCUCAGAAACAGCUCCUUGCGACAUGCCAGUCUCUUGGCGAGGUCUAUCUCCGGCUAGAGCGCUUUAAAGAAGCACUCCUCUAUCAGAAAAAACAUUUGGAGCUUGCCAAUGAUACAAAUGACAUUAUUGAACAACAAAGAGCAAGUACACAACUUGGCCGAACUUACUAUGAAGUGUUUUUAAGAUCAGAAAAUGAUCACCACGCAAUAAGAAGUGCGAAGAAAUACUUCAAGUUGGCUAUGAAACUGGCUCGGUCUCUCAAGGAAACCCCUCCCCCCAAAACAGAUAGUUUCUUCCUAAAAGAAUAUAUAAAUGCACACAAUAACAUUGGUAUGCUUGAAAUGGAUAUCGAUAAUCUCGAGGAAGCCGAAAAAAUGCUUCUCAAGGGUUUAAUGAUAUGUGAUGAAGAGGAAGUCAAUGAAUAUGAUGAUGGACGCACCAGGCUUCAUCAUAACCUUGGAAAUGUUUAUUUAGAACUGCGGGAAUGGAACAAGGCUAGGACCCACAUCGAGAAAGACAUUUUAAUUUGUAGACGGAUCGGACAUCCCCAAGGUGAAGUGAAGGGGUUCAUCAACCUUGGCGAGCUGCAUUAUAGAGUGCAAAAGUACGAUGAGGCUAUUCUUUGCUAUCAGAAGGCAAUGGAUAUUGCGAAAAGCAUGGAGGAUGAGGAUUCCUUAGUAGAUCAUAUUUCUCAGAAUGUUAAAACUGUAAAUGAAGCAUCUAAGGUGUUAGAGUUAUUGAUAAAAGACGAGCAAAAACUCAAAAGAUUGAUGAGGGCCACGAGUGAUGCCCGUGGAACGGCAAAUGAAAGGAAAUUUUUGUUAGAGCAAAAUGUUUUCUUGGAUAGUUUGAUUGAAAAAUCUUGCAUGAUUUUUGCAUGGCCAAAGCAUCAAGAAUUUGCAAAAAGGAAGAAAAGAGUAGCAACUGAGCUUUGCGACAAGAAAAAACUCGGCGAUUCUUUUCUGGAUAUAGGAGAGUCUUACCAGAAACUUAGAAACUUCGGAAAAGCACGCAAAUGGUAUAUGAAAAGUUGGAAUGCUUACAGAUCUAUCGGUAACCUUGAGGGGCAGGCAUUAGCCAAGAUUAAUGUUGGUGAGGUUUUGGAUUCUUCCGGUGACUGGACUGGGGCACUAGAGGCAUUUGAGGAAGGUUACAGAAUAUCAGUCAAAGCUAACUUGCUAUCUGUACAAUUAUCUGCACUUGAUAAUAUGCAUUAUAGUCAUAUGAUCAGAUUUGACAAUGUUGACGAAGCAAGAAAAUUACAGAUUGAGAUUCAAAAUGUUAAGCGUUUAUUGAAUGAAAGCGAGUUGUUGAUGAGAGUGGAUCAAGAUUACUGUUCUGAAACUGAAACAGAGGGCGUAGUUGCAUCUCUUCUUUCAUCCGAUGAAUCUGAUUCAUUGGAAAUUAAUAAUCCUUCAAUUUUUGUGGAUAAGCCAAAUAUUGCCACCGGUGAUGCUGUUGAUGAUGAUGUACCUUUAAGAAUGCUCGUUAAAAAAUGCAAAAAAUCAUCCAAGAUGGAGAUGCCUUCAUUAAACAAGAAAGCCAAAAUGUCAGAUAGGUUGGGCGAGCGUUCAAAUAGAGAUUUAAUCAAUCAUGAUGUUAACCACCAGUCUCUUGGUCGCAAGCGCGUUCGUGUGAUUAUUUCCGAUGAGGAAGAUGAAGAACUUGAUCAGGCAACACAACUAAGAAAAAGGAACCAUGGAAACCCCAUUGAGGAUGUGGCUACUUCUUGUGGAGAUAUCAGGCUGGGUGAAAUAGCUGGUCCUACUGCGGGGAAGCAGGAUUUGGUGAAUUGUAAUGCUUCGAAAGAUAAAUUGGAUGCCUCCACACCGAUUCAGAUUGCAGAGAGUGCUUGUUCACUCAAAUCAAAAAGUUCCAAAUCAUUUGAUGAUAAUGUCACAGAAUUUGGAUCGGCCAGUAACGUGGAAAUAUCCAAUGCAACCAAGUCCAUGGCUUGUGGAUCAAAACUUCAUGUUCGUCAAGUCCCCAGUGGUUGUUUAGAGGUCAAUAGUAGUGCAGGCCAUACUUUCCCAGUAGAUGAUCAUGGUUGGUCUAUAAUGUUUAAAGCUGGUCAUGACUCCGUUUAUGUGGAUAUGAAUUGUUGCUUGAUGGGGAACAUAUUAGACGUUGAUUAUCUUAAAGUUGAAGUGGCUUGUGCCUUCUUUCUUGGCCUCUUUGAAGAGAAACGUUCUAAAGGUCUUGUUCCUGUGAUUCACCGGUUGGUCUGUUCUGGGAAAAUUCUACGCUCUCAAGAGACAAUUGAAGAUAUGAGAAACCUACUUUCUCAAAAGGUAUACAUUGAAGUUGUUAUAGGAGAAUGGGUUCCAAAACGCCUUAUGAAGUUGUAUAUGGACUUCUGCGAUAAGUUGACUGAGGCUACUAGUAAUAGGUUGCUGAAAAAAUUGUUCAAUUUGGAGGUUUCAGAGGAUGAAGUCAUUGUAUCAGAUUGCGCCUUACAGGAUGCAUCAAUACUAUCCUUUUUGCAUGCUCUUGAGGCCCACAAAUCAGUUGCACUGUUAGACAUUUCUCAUAAUUCUCUAGGAAACGAGACAAUGGAGAAAAUCCAACAAAUAUUUACAUCUUCAAACCAAAAAUAUGGUGGUCUAACUCUGGAUUUGCAUUGCAAUCGGUUUGGUCCAACCGCUUUAUUCCAGAUAUGUGAAUGCCCUGUCAUGUUCAAACGCCUUGAAGUGCUUAAUCUAGCUCAAAACCGUCUCACUGAUGCCUGCAGUUCAUACCUUUCCACCAUCCUUGAAAAUUGCAAAGCACUCUACAACCUAAAUAUAGAACAAUGCUCUCUAACAUCUAGAACAAUUCAGAAGCUCUCAGACUUCUUGCAUGAUGGAUCUAUCCUUUCACAUCUUUCGAUAGGAAAGAAUAAUCCCAUCUCUGGAAAUACAAUGGUGAAUCUGCUAUCCAAACUGUUAUCUUUGAAACGUUUCUCAGAACUAAGUCUUACUGGUAUAAAGUUAAACAAGACUGCAGUAGAAGGGCUUUGCCAACUGCCUAAGUCAUCCAGUCUAUCUGCUUUGUUUCUUGGAGAGACCUGUAUAGGAGCUGAUGGGGCAGUGAGGUUAACUGAAGUAUUAAGUUGUGGAGCAAAAGAGUUGGAGAAGUUGGAUCUGGCUACCUGUGGUAUCACCUCUGAUGUUAUUGGCAGCAUUUGUGCAAAUAUUGUUCGGAUUGAUGGUAUUGUAGAGCUGAACCUUAGAGGAAAUUCCAUUGGUGAUGAGGGUUGUUAUGCAUUGGAAUGCAUGCUUUUGGAUCCACAAUGCAGUGUCAAAUCUCUUAUUCUGGACAGAUGCCAUCUUGGGCUCAGUGGAAUACUUCGAAUUGUCAUUGCUUUAGCAGGAAAUGAAUCUUUGGAAGAGCUCCAUCUUGCUCGAAACGCCAAUAUUGCUAAUGAGAGAGCUUUGGAGCACCAUCCCAAGUCCAAUAAAUCUGCUACAGUGUGCAGUACUAAUGAAACAUGCAGGGAGCUCGAAGUUGCCGAUAGCGAAGACGACAAGGAUUCAAAGGAUGGUGCAAGUGAUAGGAGUCCUUCGAUAUGCUCUCGGCUGAUUAGUGAGCUAUCGGUUGGGAUCGAUGCAACCAGGCAUCUUCAAUUUCUUGAUCUGAGCGAGAACAAAUUGUCAAGCGAAGCAAUUGAGAGCUUGUAUUCAUCCUGGUCUUCGGCGAGAUCGAGAUCCAGCCUUGAGGCUUACAAACAUCAGAAUGAGGAUCAAAUUUUACAUUUUUGUGUAGUAGGAAGGAGGUGCUGUGGUGUUAGAAGCUGUUGUAGGAAAGAUUGAUGGCUGGCUUUGAUUUAUGUACAAAAUGUCAUAUAAAUAAUAUGAAAAUUAAAGAGAUGAACCCCUAAUUAAGGACAUGAUUUACAAACACAUAAUAAUUGUAGUCUUUAAUUUAUGCAAUUUUUUAUGUUAUUUUUAAUGCCCAACAAAUAAUAUUUAU